ACGGAGUUCAUUUUCGCCGCAGUUCAGUUCCAUUGCCGCGACAGCUCAGCAUCCUCGCAUCUCCGGCUGCUUCAAAGGCGGCUCGCUGUAGCAUUGGCGUACGUUGAUAGCGCGUGAGUGGAGAGAGAGAGGCUAACCUUCUCUGGAUAUCCUGCUGCAUGUAACGGCCAUCUGCGCGUGGGGGAUCGGAAGAGGAGAGGACGCGCGGCCUGUCGCCAUCAUUUGACAUUUGUCAUAAGCCUGGAACAAAAAAAUAGGCAGACAUGAGUGAGCAGAGUAUCUGCCAGGCGCGUGCGUCCGUGAUGGUGUACGAUGACAGCAGUAAGAAGUGGGUGCCCAUCAAGCCGGGACAGCAGGGCUUCAGCCGCAUCAACAUCUACCACAACACUGCCAACAACACCUUCAGAGUGGUGGGGGUCAAGCUACAGGACCAGCAGGUGGUGAUCAACUACUCCAUCGUGAAGGGUUUGAAGUAUAACCAGGCCACCCCCACGUUCCACCAGUGGCGAGAUGCGCGUCAGGUGUACGGCCUCAACUUCGCCAGUAAAGAGGAGGCCACCACCUUCAGCAACGCCAUGCUGUUCGCUCUCAAUGUGCUCAGCUCACAGGACGCAGGUCCAGCUGUCCAACGCCAAGUCCAGAAUGGGCCGACCACAGAAGAACUGGAAGCCCAGAGAAGGCAGAUGGAGAUGCAGCAACAACAGCAGAUGCAGGCACACAUCGAACGGGAGAGACGAGCAUCCAACUCAGGUUCCCCGUUCUCAGGGCAUCCUGCCGUGCUCUCAGUAGCGCCUCCUAGCGUGAUGCCGCCUCCCCUGCAGCCGGCUAUGUCUCUCGGGGGCCUGUGUCCGCCGCCGCCACCCCCACCGGGGCCCCCUCCCCCGUCGGGCGGAGCCCCCCCGCCGCCACCUCCGCUGCCCAUGAUGGGAGACACCGCCGCGCCCACUGGACUGGCAGCCAUGAUCGCCGGGGCCAAGCUACGCCGUGUGCAAAGGCCCGAGGAUCCCAACUCCCAAGCUGCCAAGAACGAUGCCAACCGUACAAGUGGGGGCAGCGGCGGCCUUAUGGAGGAAAUGAACGCACUGCUGGCACGCAGGCGGAAAGCAUGUGAAGCUCCGGAGAAGAAGGAAGAGGACGGCCAAAGUGACGACCCCAACUCUCCCUCUCCCAUGUCCAGAGGGCAAAACUCCACAGAUGGAGUGAAGAAGCCCUGGGACAGAGCCAACUCAGCUGAGCGCUCAUCGCUCGUGUCAAAGGUUCGGCCAGUGGGGAGCAGCAGCGACACGGACGCCUCAGACAUGGACAGGAUGAAACAGGAGAUUCUGGAUGAAGUCGUGCGUGAGCUGCACAAAGUGAAGGAUGAGAUCAUUGAUGCCAUUAGACAUGAGCUGAGUCGCAUCAGCACAACAUAAUGAAGACCACACACACACACACACACA